AUGUACCAUUGGUCUUGGCCUGCCGAAAUCCUAAACGGCCCUGCUGCUGUCUCGCCAGAUGGCACUUACAACUUUGACCUGCCCCCGCCCCACAAUACAGCGGGUUACGCUUUCGUCGCCGUCUGCGUUACGCUCACGACAGUGGGAGCCCUGCUGCGCGCAUAUGCGCGAGUGCGGGUCACUAAAAAGGUGCAUCUCGAAGAUUACCUAGCGCUCUUUGCCAUCAUACCUUACUUUACCUUCGUAUGGGCUAUCAUAAAGUACAUUCAGGAUGGUGGCCUUUUUGUUCACCAGUGGAACAUUAGAGCUGGGAACAUGCUUGAUCUUGCUGUGUAUUUAUUUGCGAUCACCCUCGUCGACCCAGUCUACGUAAUGCCCGCUAAAGCUGCCAUCUUGUGGGAAUGGAAACGCAUCUUCGUGCCACGCGGUACUCGCAACAGAUUCUACUGGAUGGCCUGGUUUCUUCUGCUACUAAAUACCUUCUUCUACUUCAUCGUCAGCUUUCUGGUUAUUUUUGCCUACAAACCAGUUGAAAAGACUUGGAACAUCUUGCUUCCCGGUCACGCCAUUGUCAACCGGAAAGACAUCGACGUUGUGGGGGCAGCAUUUAAUCUCGUCAUGGAUCUCUCGAUGUUCAUAAUUCCACAGCCUGUCAUCUGGUCCCUACAAAUGACAAAGUCACGCAAGAUUGGCCUCUCCUGCAUGUUCUCCCUCGGUCUAUUGUCAAUGGCCUGCGCAGGCGGCCGUCUCUACGCAACUAUCCACACUGAGUACCCUUAUCCAGAGGUCAAAGACACCUCAUACACGGUCUCGCAUCUCUUGUUGUGGUUUCUCGCUGAAAUAACGUCCAUCAACCUCGUCAUGUUCGCGCCGUCCGUGCCGCGCGCCUUUGCCGAUAACACAUUUCUCGGCCGGCUCCUGGCCUCGUUGCGGUCCUGGACGAGUGUGCUAUCAUCCAAGAGCCGUACCGCCGUCUCCAAGACAUGGCCGCCUACAAUUGGGAACGCUCCCAGCAGCCGCGUGCACCGUCUUGCGGACGAGGACGGUCAGGCCAUGGGUCUGGCCGACAUGCGGCUCAUGAAGGCGGCGCAAAACGGCUACGUAGAUACUAUGAGCACUGACUUUUCACACGCGACCACCAUCACGAGAACAAUUGAGGUUGAACUAGAGGAGGAUAACCGAUCCAAGAUAUCAUCGGAUCCGACCCAACAGCGUCAGCACCCGUGGAUGGACGUGUGA